AUGAAAUCCGACAACAAAAGUGCUGCAGCCGUGGCGUGCAUCUGCUUGGUACUCGUGGCCGUGCUCCUUGAUGACGUGGCAAGCUGUCCCGCGGCGCAGGAUUUCCUGCCGUGCAAAAAAGCGUUCGACAAUCCCACGACGAAUCGGCCGCCGCCGGCCAACUGCUGCAUAAUGAUUAAACGCACAACUCACGAGUGCCUUUGCCAACUCCAACAGAAUGUUCCCAGUGUAUCUAAAGGCAGCGCCCAGUUUUUGUAUAAAAACUACUCCGAAAGCUUUGCCGCUAACCGACGUGGCGGUGCCAACGACGAAAACCAUCGCCUGACAGCGGUUUCGAUCAUCCUGCUCGCCGAAAAUCGUAAGUUCAACAUGGCGAGGGCAAGGAAGAUGGUUAAGGCGGCCAGGAUCCGGAUGAACCCGACGGCGAAUGGUGGCAGCUACAGGGCAAAUGGCGGUGGCAACAGUAAAGACGACGGAGUAAUUGGCUACGGACGCCAUACGAACCGCGUGGAUCGAAGGUUGGAUGCGGGGACUCCUGGAGAUGAUGGCGGCGACAGGCAAUAG